GAUUGCAACGUCAUUUUUUCAACUAAGAAUGGCAGAUGGUCCAAUGGCAAAAAAGUUUCGAAUCUGGAAUCCCGCAGUUUCAGAAGUGUCUGAAAACCGGGAAGAUCCUGGAACAAACCUACAGACUCAAGAUGAAGAAUCUCCAGACGAGACACCUCUUGAUUGCACUUCCAAGACUGCACAAAUUCAGUUUCCCCAAGUUUUUCAAAAUUAUCUUCAACUUGCACCCCUAAUGAUUCGCCUUCAACAACAACGUCAAAUGGAAGAGUUUGCACGCCGCCAAUUCAUUUCCACAUUAUGCCAUGCUUCACCAGCACCGAUUACUGUACCUCUUCCACGUGUCCAGCAACCCCGUGCAACCACAUCAACCAGUUCCUCCUCUUCCACGUCAUCAAGCUCUGGGGUUACUGUACCUUCUACAAUGAACAAUCCACUUGUGGCUAAUGCUCUUGGCAGUUCUUUGGUUAAUGAAAAUUGUUGUGCUGUAUGUGGAGCAGUUUUCAGACUGACUGGUGACUUAGUACAACAUAUGCGUAACAAUCAUCGAAAGAGCAAGUUCAAGAGAAAAUCGGAUCUUCGUCAAUAAGAAACAAAAUAACUUUUCCUUUUUUUUCUCCGAGAAUUUUAUUAUUUAGCUACUUAAUAUUUAUUAUUUGUCUCAAAACGUUUUUCCAGUGAUUUCUCUUUUUCUGUCUUUUCUCUUUCUUGCAAUAAUUUUUUUCCUAGAAUUUCCUCUUUUCAAUGAAAAAUCUUAUUGAUA